CCUCCAACAAUCCAACUAUACUCGUGGCGGUGUUACCGGACAUCUCCACCGGAGACACGCUGUCUCCGGUUAGCUCUCGACGCCUUCAUUCCUCUAAGCCAAAUGUUCCCGAAAGUUUGAAGGACAAGGAUUUUUGUUCUCUAGCGAUUUCGAGUUUUGGUGUUUUUGCUUUUAACAAAGUAUUUAGCCGUUCUCUUCACUAGCAGCUAGACUAGAUGAUUUAUCAGCUGCCAUUAUUUGAAUCGUCGGACCUGGAUUAUCUGGUACCGUGCGUCUUUGAUUUGAUUUAGGUUUUAGUACAAUCGAUUGCAUUAUUUAUGUUUAUGGUGUUGUAGAUAUGAACCAGACAGCUAACAAAUGGCAGAAUCUGGCAGAGGAUAGGUUCAUUUCACUUUGGAUGUCUUUUUAGGAACUGUUUGCAAAUUGUUAGGCAAUUCUGUUUUCGGUGAGUGUCUAUAAUGCGUUCGUUUACAGUGUUAUCAUUGUCUUAUAAGCUUGUAUCUGCUUGAUGGAUGAACCUCAAAUUAAGAAGGUUAUGUUUAGUUGUCCAAAUAAAAAAAUUAAUUAUUCCAAUUGUUUGCAAAUUGUUUGGUGUUCUAUUCAAUAGCAGCUAAAUAGAUGAUUUUGUAGCUGAAAUUACUUGAAUCGUGGGACCUGGAUUAAUUGGUACAGUGCAUCUUUGAUUUGAUUUAGGUUCUAUUACAAUGAAUUGCAUAAUUAUGUGUUUGGUGUUGUAGAUAUGAAUCAGACAGCUGUGGAAUGGCGAAUUCCUGUGGUGGAUAGGCUCAUUUCACUUAUUGUUGUCAUUUUAGGGACUGUUUGCAAAUUGUUGGGCAGUUCUGUUUUUGCUUUGUGUUUAUAGUGUCGGUUUAUCGUGUUAUCAUCUUCUUAUAAACUCAUAUCUCGCUAGCCUGCUUGAUGAAUGAACCUCAAUUUCUGAAGGUUAAUGUUUAGUUGCCCAACUAAGAAAAUCAACUGUUAGCAAAUUGUUUGGUGUUUUACUUUUAGUAAAAUAUUUAACUGUUAUGACUUUCAACUUCAUCAGUUUCAACUUUCAAGUUAUGAUAGCUUAAAGUUAGUAUUUACUUGCAAGAUGUCUUGUUAUCUGAUGCUUACUUCACGAGUAUACUGCUGAUGGACUUAAAAUGUGUAACAGGAAAUUUCAUCGUGGGGAUUGUUUAUUUGUCACGGGUGAUUGGUGCAAAAAUAUUUAACAACCUUAUGGAGAUGGGCCCUCUUAGUAACAGCACUUUCGUAAACGCAGGAAGUUCUGAUGUACUUGGGAUGAAGAAGUGCCAAUUUUAUUUACUUUUUCACGGUGAAACUAAGCUUGGUAAUGGUUUUCGAGGAUUCUUGUAUUUCCUGGCUCUUGCAUACUGUUUUAUUGGAUUAUCAGCUAUAACUGCCCGUUUCUUCAAGUCCAUGGAAACGGUUGUUAAGCAUACUCGGACAGUUGAAGAGAUAGAUCCUUAUACUAAUACCAAAAUCGUUAGACGCAAAAAAGUUUGGAAUUACGCCAUAGCUGACAUUAGUUUGCUGGCAUUUGGUACUAGCUUUCCGCAGAUAUCUUUGGCUACCAUUGAUGCCAUAAGGAAUCUUGGAAACUUGUAUGCUGGAGGUUUAGGACCUGGAACACUUGUUGGAUCUGCUGCUUUUGAUUUGUUUCCCAUCCAUGCUGUUUGUGUUGUGGUUCCUAAAGCUGGAGAACUAAAAAAGAUAGCAGAUAUUGGAGUAUGGACACCGAAUGUUAUUACUCUUUCGGAAGCUUUGUUGACCGUGCUUCAAUAUGGGCUGUUGCUAUUACAUGCAUAUGCUCAAGAUAAGCGUUGGCCAUACUUAUCUCUGCCGAUAAAAAGAACCGAGAGGCCAGAAGAAUGGGUUCCGGCGGAAAAUACUCCUCACAGGGAUGAAAUAGCAGCUCAUGAUAUCCUUGAAGAUGAAUAUGAAAACAGGGACAUUGUUGAUGUUUUUUCUAUCCAUAAUAGUGACAUAGAUCCUGUGUAUCAAAAAUUGCCUAAUAGUGACCUCACUGGACCCUCAGAUGAAUCUUGCCGUGAAACUCCUGAUAAUUAUAAUUUGAUCUCAAUAUGGAAGCAGCAGUUUGUUGAUGCGUGUGUGCUAGAAAGCCCACAAGCGAAGAAACUGAAUAAUACAUGCCUAAGGUCCGCAAAGGCUUUCUGGCAGUUGCUCCUUGCACCCUGGAGACUUCUGUUUGCAUUUGUUCCACCUUGUCACAUUGCCCAUGGAUGGGUCUCUUUCAUUUUGUCCUUGGUUUUCAUAAGUAUUGAUGCUUAUGUUAUAGCAUUUACAGCUUUGGCUGCCGGGACAUCGUGGCCAGAUUUGGUGGCGAGCAAGAUUGCUGCUGAGCGGCAGAUCACAGCUGAUUCGGCUAUAGCUAAUAUCACUUGCAGUAAUUCGGUGAAUAUAUAUGUCGGCAUUGGUGUACCUUGGCUCAUCGACACAUUAUACAACUUCUUUGCAUAUAAGGAGCCACUGAGGAUCGAAAAUGCAGGUGGGCUCAGCUUCUCGUUGCUCGUAUUCUUUGCUACAUCUGUCGGGUGUAUUGGAGUUUUAGUAUUUAGGCGUCUUACGUUAGGCGCGGAGCUUGGAGGUCUCAAUUUGCUAAAAACAUACAAAAUGCCACAUUUCAUGAACAACAAAUUGGCAUUCGGCCUGAAAUCCUAA